GAGAUGUCAUGUGAGCGCUUUUGUACGCCCUGUUUUUAAACCAAUGGCUGUGUGAGUCAUGAGCGGCCCGGAGCUCCAGCAAAAGCCUUUAUUAUCCGCCGCCACUGAUUCCUCUCCCCACUACACGACACGCUGCGACCGUGGCUGGCUCCGCCAUGGAGGAGCGCGUCGGAUACAUCACCCGCGUCCAGAGCUUCAGCGCCUGUCACCGUCUUCAUAGCAUUCACCUUAGCGAUGAAGAAAAUAAAAGAGUCUAUGGGAAAUGCAACAAUCCAAAUGGCCAUGGACACAACUACAAAGUUGAGAUAACCGUGCGUGGGAAGAUUGAUAAUAUCACCGGUAUGGUAAUUAACCUGACAGACUUGAAGAGGUCGAUAGAGGAAGUCAUCAUGAAUUCACUUGAUCAUAAGAACCUAGAUAAGGACGUCCCAUACUUUGCCAAUCUUGUCAGCACAACUGAAAACCUGGCUGUUUACAUAUGGGACAGCAUGGCCGAAGCCCUCGCACCGAAAAAUCUCUAUGAAAUAAAAAUUCAUGAGACAGAUAAGAACAUUGUUACAUACAGGGGUGAAUAAUAAACAUACAAAAGUGAUGUUUAUAAACUACAAAAAUGGAAUGGCUGUGUACUAUACAUUUUAAUUUUUUGCUCGACAGGUACAGAUGUCUUUAGUCUGGUAAUGUUUGCAAGAUGGUAUAGUCCUAUUGUUACUUUUAUUUCAAAGAUAAUUUAAAGAGAUAAGAUAAUACUGUAAAAUAAAUUGUUGAUCAGUGAUUUUCGACCUCUUGACUGAAAUUGAAAAUAUAUUGUUAAAUUUAAACUGUAUUGUCUCGAUUGUUGUUAUUUUAGAACAACACAAGAUCCAUUAACCAGUCAUGAACGUAUGUAAUAACCACUUUGUUUUGAGUUAUGAAUAAAACAAAAAGACAUUUACAGCAGGGGUCUCAAACUCAAUUUACCUGGCGGUCGCCAGAGGUAGAGGCUGGGCCGCACAAAGUGUUCUGAACCUAGUGACUAAAUGUGUGAACUACUUCUACCAGCAGGUAUGGUGUCUCAGACCCAUAAUAGGCUUUAAAUUAUUAUAAAAUUCAAAUUGAUUAUAAAUAUUGGAUAUUUGCACACUGUUAAAUUCCCCAAGAGGUGGUCAGAGAAACUUAUGUUUGCUUAUAGGAAGUUGCUCUUUGCUGUGCUCAAUGUGUGUUUGUUUCACUGUAAUUUUUGUGUUUGCAUUGUUUUUUAUAGUGGGAUUCGAGAUUGCAACAAUGUAUUUAACUACUAACCACCCAGGAUGUGUAGGCCGCAAUUACGCCAAACCAGGGGUGUCAAACUUGUUUUCAUUGAGGGCCACAACGCAGUUAUGUAAAUGUGAAUAAUAUAAGAAUAUAAAUGUAUCCGGAUUCACCUAAUGAUAUUGUAACACAAUUCCCGAAGCAUUUGAUUAUUAUUUAUUUUUUUACAUACACUGUAGAAAAAAAAUCUAUAUUUUAAAUUGGCAGCUCAGUCGCCAAAAUGUUAUUGUAAAAUUGUUAUGGCUUAUUAAUGUCAACUAAAAAAAUUGACAUUGUUUUUUACGGUAUAAUUCUGGCGAAGCUGCCAGGUUGUUGGGUUAUUUUUACCGUAAAAUCUAUGGUUGUUGUUUUUACAGUGUAUUACUGUAAAUGUAAAACGGUACCACUUAUUUUUUUACCGAAAAUUCUACUUUCAGUUUUACAGUGUAUAAUUUGAUGGAUAACUUUGAACUAGCUUUGAAAUCAUAAGUCAAGCAAAUAUUUUAGUAUUUGUUUUCAUUUUAACAAAAAAAUAUUUGAAUUUUUUAUUUAUUUUGCAUCAUUAGACAACAUAAUACUUUAAAAUUGGUUACAUUACAUAUAUGUAUUUUUUCUGUCAAAAUUAAGAUAGACAAUAAAGUACUUUAUUGAGGCUUAUUAUUUCCAGGCUCUCGCGGGCCAUAUAAAAUGAUGUGGCGGGUCAGACCUGGCAACCGGGCCUUGAGUUUGACACCUGUGCACUAAACUAUGACAUUAGGUUGAGAGAUACAAAAUAUGGGCCUGCGGGACGCAAAUGGCCCAUAUGGCCGCAAGUUUGAGUCUGCGGAUUUACAGUAUGUUUCACUGGGCAUUCAUGCUUUACAAACCCUCUUGUCUUGUGCGCUCUGCCUCUUAUAAGCUAACAGGUGGACUUCCAAAAAAAAUGUUUAUUUUCAGUAUAACUGAGUUAGUAUGUAUUCUAUGUAUUAACAUACAUAGAAUUGCAUUGCAUAUAUAUAGUUGUUUGAUAUUGUAUUGUUUUUCAAGCAAUAUUUAUUAUAUAAAUGUUUUUUUUUUUUUUAAAAGGCAUGUUACAUGUUGAAAUUGUGCUGUUUUGGGGGUAAAGCGCCGAUUACAUUAUUUUCAAUUUAUUUAAUGGCCGACUUUGAUUUGAGGUAUGAGUUAGGUCAGGAGUUUUCAACUUUUUUAAGGACCCCACAAACUGUUGGAG